GCCGAGGGCGGCGGGGGCGCGCGGAAGAGGGCGCCGGCGCUGCUGGAGGCGGCCCGCGCGCGCUAUGAGAGCCUGCACAUCUCGGACGACGUGUUCGGCGAGUCGGGCCCGGACAGCGGUGGGAACCCCUUCUACAGCACCUCCGCCGCCUCGCGAUCCUCUUCGGCUGCCUCCUCUGACGAUGAACGCGAGCACCCAGGCCCCCAGCGGGGUGCGGCCGUUCCGCGUGCCCCAGACGCGCAGGAGCCCGAAGAGGACGAGGCGAGCGCGGGCUGGAGCGCCACGCUGCGAGACCGUCCUCCCCCCCGCUUCGAGGACACGGGAGGUCCAACCCGAAAGAUGCCCCCCAGCGCCAGCGCCAUGGACUUCUUCCAGCUCUUCGUCCCGGAUAACGUCCUCAAGAACAUGGUGGUGCAGACGAACAUGUACGCCAAGAAGUUCCAGGAGCGCUUCGGCAGUGACGGCGCCUGGGUGGAGGUGACGCUCACGGAGAUGAAGGCCUUCCUGGGCUACAUGAUCUCCACCAGCAUUUCCCACUGCGAGUCUGUCCUCAGCAUCUGGAGCAGCGGCUUCUACAGCAACAGGAGCCUCGCCCUGGUCAUGAGCCAGGCCCGCUUCGAGAAGAUCCUCAAGUACUUCCACGUCGUGGCCUUCCGCUCCAGCCAGACCACGCACGGCCUCUACAAGGUCCAGCCGUUCCUCGACUCCCUGCAGAAUGGCUUCGACUCGGCCUUCAGGCCCUCCCAAACCCAGGUGCUACAUGAACCCCUGAUUGACGAGGACCCUGUGUUCAUCGCCACAUGCACGGAGCGGGAGCUUCGCAAGAGGAAAAAACGGAAAUUCAGCCUGUGGGUCAGGCAGUGUUCUUCCACUGGCUUCAUCAUCCAGAUCUACGUCCAUCUGAAGGAAGGAGGGGACCCCGAUGGGCUGGAUGCGCUGAAGAACAAACCCCAGCUCCACAGCAUGGUGGCACGGAGCCUGUGCCGGAACGCGGCGGGCAAGAACUACAUCAUCUUCACCGGGCCCAGCAUCACCAGCCUGACGCUGUUUGAAGAGUUUGAGAAGCAAGGGAUUUACUGCUGCGGCCUCCUCAGCUCCAGGAAGAGUGACUGCACAGGCCUGCCGCUGUCCAUGCUGACCAACCCGGCCAUCCCCCCAGCGCGGGGCCAGCAUCGGAUCAAGAUGAAGGGGAACAUGUCUCUGAUCUGCUGGUACAACAAGGGUCACUUCCGCUUCCUGACCAAUGCCUACUCGCCCGUACAGCAAGGCGUGAUCAUCAAGAGGAAGAGCGUGGAGAUCCCCUGCCCCUUGGCCGUGGAGGCGUUUGCUGCUCACCUGAGCUACAUCUGCAAAUAUGACGACAAGUACAGCAAGUACUUCAUUUCUCAUAAACCCAACAAGACCUGGCAGCAGGUGUUCUGGUUUGCCAUCAGCAUCGCCAUCAACAACGCCUACAUCCUCUACAAGAUGUCGGAUGCCUACCAUGUGAAGAGGUACAGCCGGGCACAGUUUGGUGAGAGACUUGUGCGGGAGCUUCUGGGGCUGGAGGACACCUCCCCCACCCACUGAUGCGAAGGGCCAGGGCUUGGGUAAGGACCAGGUCGGGGGAGAGGUGAGAGGAGGAAGAAAGCCUGCCGUCUGCCGUCUGACCUGUCUAGCCAGAGACCCCGAGCGGCCCUGGGGUGUGGCUGAAGCCUGGGAGGGGUGCUCAAGGCCUCUGGAGGGGUGAGGAGGGACCUGGUCAGAGGAGGACUGCUAUCCUGGCUUCCACUCAAAGAAGAGACGUCCUCCCUCCGGGCCUGGCUGCCCGCCUCGUGAUGAGCGUCCUGCAGGGGCAGGGCCACAGACCAGACUCCUCCAUCCUCCACGCGACGGCCAGUCCUGCUGCUCUGUCCUCGGGACACCCCUGCAAGGGCCGGGGAAGGCUGUGGAAACCAAAGGCACCCGGGACGGGGUGAGCCCCGUAGCGCCCUCUGCUGGGAGCGCCUGCACACCUGCUUUGCAAAGGUGAAGACACUCGGCGCGUGGCUCCAUCUCCCGCCAUGUCUACAGUGACGGUGAGGAGAAGCAAAGAUGGGCUCUGUCUGCGGAGACGGCCCGGCGUGCUUAGAGUGGGCCUCAAAGACACACCAACUGGGGUGCCAUUAAAACACCGCGAUGAAGCGGACGCGGCGGCCUGUUCUGACCUGUCGUCCGGCGGCUGGA